UUAUUUACCUUUGCUUCCCGCUCCGAACUGUCAAACCGCACCACAUGAUGCAGCCCGCAGGCUAUACUGACCUUGGUUGUGAGGUCGGCCAUUACGGAGUGAAAAACAUAUUUGUGGAGUGCAUUUUUCUACACCAAAAUAAUACCAUCUAACUCACAUACCAGCAGCUGGAUUCGGUUGCCUUGCCUUCCUGAACGUGCUAGCCACCGUUUCGGAUAGUUAAUCAGCGAAGCAACGGCGGCCCAGCUCGUGCACGACACGAUUUUCACAACCGGGCCCAAAGCAGAAGCCAAAGCCAGGCCGAGAGGGAGAGCGAGUCACCCCGAACAUAAAGACAAGAAAAAACGGCACGACACGACGUAAGAAGGCCCUCACUCUCUCGCUCCGUCCCGCCAGUACCGUUUUCCCCCCUUUCACGCGCUUCGUAGUUUCCUGCUUUGCGGUCGAAUGGCGUCUUGGGGAAUUCGUGUGACGACAGAGUCUGCAAUGAAAUGAUGAAAUAAUUGUCCUAACCCAUACAAACUAAAUGUACUGCUUGAGCGCUUUUCGCGGGUUUGCAGGAAUUGACCGCGUGUGCAGUGGCGCUGGUGGUAGUGGCGACGGUGGCAGUCUGUUUGCCCGAUGGCAGGAAUAGCUGAAUGUCCACUGUACGGACCGUUUGGCGGAGCAUUCCUUUCCGCCCACUAAGCCGAGCAGAGCCACGCAGGGAACAGAGCAUGCAAAAGUUAGCUGUGACGUUGCAAAACAAAAAUCACACUGCCAACGAUUGAUCGCCAUAUUUUCCCUUGUUGAGAAGGCAUGUACGUGCGCGUGUGUGCGUGAAGACGGCGAGCGUGUGUUUAACGGUAACACGUCCGAUGUGGUGUGAGUACGGUCGAUAAACACGGGUGUAAGCAAGGGGUUGGUGCGAGCGCGCGCGUGUGUGUUGUGUACGCUGGGCGAGUGUGUGUGUGUGUGUGCGUGAGUACUACGAACCAACACGCACACAGUGUCGAACGGCUUGUUCGCAACGCAUCAUCUGGUGAAACGAGUGAAACAAGAAAGGUCGGUUGCGGUGGUGAUACUAGUCGGCGGCUUCUAUGUUUAUUUCUAAACGUCACAAACUCACUGCUGAUGGAUAAACUCAGAAUUAUAAACAACAAUCUCAGCACCAUUGUGCCGUGCCGUCGGUUGACGAAAUAACCGGAAGAGAACACCGCGCGCUUUGCACACUGGGUGGGUACAAUCAACCUAGCAAGGGUCCGGGAUGCGAAAAGCCUUGGACAGUAUCCGAACACGCAGCAGAACGUAAGACACGUGUCACACCGAGCUCGAGGACACACACUCGCGGUGACGUUCCAGUACGCGGCGUGGUAUCAAGAUAUCAAGUCGAACUCGCACACUGUCCGAUCAGCUCGAAACCACCAACCCGCCGGGACAACCAUCGAUGGCUUCUGGUGGUAGCGGAACGAGCGGAACGACGAGCAAGAACGAUGACUCGAAAUGGUACUUUACGGCCGAGCAGCUGGCGAGCUCGCCGAGCCGGAAAUGUGGCAUGGACGCGGACCAAGAGCUUAUGUACAGACAGCGUGCUGCCAACCUGAUACAGGAUAUGGGUCAGCGGUUGCAAGUAUCUCAACUAUGCAUCAACACAGCCAUCGUGUACAUGCAUCGGUUUUAUGCAUUUCACUCGUUCACACAAUUUCAUCGCAACAGCAUAGCUGCUGCCGCACUAUUCCUAGCUGCAAAAGUCGAAGAACAACCACGCAAACUGGAGCACAUCAUCAAGGUGGUACACAUCUGUCUCGGGAUGGACGCUCCGGAUCCGAUGCGCGAAAACUAUGCCGAGCAGGCGCAGGAUCUGGUGUUCAACGAGAACGUGCUGCUACAAACGCUCGGGUUUGAUGUGGCCAUCGAUCAUCCCCAUACGCACGUGGUGAAAACCUGCCACCUGGUGAAAGCUUCCAAAGAUUUGGCACAGACAUCCUACUUCAUGGCAUCCAAUAGUUUGCACCUUACAACCAUGUGCCUGCAGUACAAACCGACGGUCGUGGCCUGCUUUUGCAUCCAUCUCGCCUGCAAAUGGUCCCGAUGGGAGAUUCCGCAGUCGAACGAGGGCCGGCACUGGUUUCACUAUGUGGACAAGACGGUAACGCUCGACCUGUUGAAGCAGCUGACGGACGAGUUUCUGCACAUUUUCGAUCGUUGUCCGACACGGUUAAAAAGCAAAAUGAAAUCGAUACGGGGAGACUCGGGAGCGGAGGAAUCUGGACGAAGAACGGGUGGUAGCAGUAGUAGCAGCAGUAGCCUCAUGGCUGCACCUUCCUCAUCGUCGGUACCGCGCGGUCUGGAUGAAGGUAGUUCCGCCACAUCGUCCGCCUCUAGUCAUCAUCGUGCUAAGCAGGGUUCCAGCUCCGAUAUGAUGAAACCGCACGGAAUGUCGUCUUCCGGGAGCCAUCAAAAGAUUCCUUCCUCAUCGUCGUCGGGUUCGCGUUCGCGUUCCGAGCGACCACCUGCCAGCGGCGCAUCCUCCGGUAGCUUGGCGGGACAGCAGCCACAACAACAGCAACCACCGCCCCAGCAUUAUGGAAGCGGGAGCAAUAGUAGCAAUAACAGUAAGGGCGUACCGUCAUCGCACCGUGGCAGCAUGCCGAUCAAUCCUUCCGGUGGUACGGUGUCGUCGCAACGAUCGUCGUCGAGCUCAGCAGCAGGCUAUCAGCAGGGCCACGAUGGAUCGAGCAAAUCCCGCCAACAACCGUCCUCCGUUGCUGGUAUGAUGCAGGCAAGCGGUGGUGGCGGUGCGCCAACCGGUGCCGUUGGUGGCACCUCGUCCUCCGGCUCUUCAUCGUCCAUGCAUUCCGGUUACAAUCAGAUGAAGGCGGAUCGGCACAGCAGCAGCAGCAGCAGUAGUGGACAGAAGCUUCCGCCAAAGGCACCUUCCUCGUCGUCCGGUUCCGCCGCUGCUCCCAAUUACAAUGCAAAGCAUCAGCAACAGCAACCGCCCCAGCAGCAACCACCUUCGUCUCUCUUUUCCCAUCCGCCAAGCUACAACCAAUCGAUCAGUGGCCGUGCAUCGAAUCUUCCCCUUGCGGAACAGCAAUCGUCGUCGAGUAGCAAUAGUAGCAGCAAUCAGCCAAAAACGGAGCCAUCUUCCUUCCGAUUGCUCGACGAUUCAAUCGGCCGUCUAACGGACCCGAUGCAGAUGUGUACGCCUCCGAAGCAGAGCAAACCGUCGUCAAUCUUCAGCCCCGAUUGGAAGGAUUCGCAGAACGAAUCGUUGCAGCCGAACUCGCUGCCGUCGAGCAAAUCGCGAUCGGGAAGCGGUGCGCACUACGGUAAUGUGCCGGGCGCAGCACCAUCAUCCGAUCGGCUGCUGAAACCCCCGAAAGGAAGUCCUAGCAGCAAGAAACAACAGCUACAACAGCAGCAGCAGCAGCAGCAGCAGCAACAGCAGCACCACGGUUCAGCGAUGGGAUCGUCGCGCUCGGACGCGCAAAAGAAGGAGCGGCGUUUGGAUAGCUCUGCCGGGCAGCAGGCGCCCAUCCCCGGCAAGCAUCCGUUGAUGGCGCACGAUAAAAAAUCGCUAAUGGCAUCGAGUUCCUCUGGCGCGCUUCCGAUGGUCGGUGGAAGCAAUAACAUUAGUAGCAACACUGGUAGCAAUAACGGUAGCAAUAGUCACACUAGCCACAAUUUAAAACGAUCAUUGGACGGCACGGUUCUACCUCCAACUGCGCUAGCUGGCAGCGAUGGUUCAGCGCUAGGAAAUCUCGCCGGUAACGGUGCGCCCGGCUCGAUGGCAGCCAAUACUCAUUCCAGUGGAAGCGGCAGCAGCAGCAGCAGCAACAGCGGUAUGUCUUCGCAAGCGAAAAGACCGCACCCGAGCAACGAACAGAUUCGACAGGACGACGGGACCGAUUUCCGAGAGCAGAAAAUGCGCCGCACGGAACAAUCCUCCAGCUCAUCGUUUCUGUCGGCCGGUUCACCCUCGGACCAGCUGUUCAACUCUUCCUUCGAUCUGGCCAGCACGUUCGACAAAAUGGACGAUUCCUCGUCGCUGUUUAACUUUAACGAUCCCGGCUCGCUGCUUUCGCAACCGCUGCUGAGCGAUUCGAAGCCGUCCACGCUGGCGAAAAGUGGUGGCAUUUUUAGCAACACCAUCAACGGUAUCGAGACGAACGCGGCGCUGGUGAGUAGCUUGCUGAAGGAAAGUCUGUUCAACGAGACGCCAAAGUUUGGCCCCCUUUACGGUGGUGCUGGAUCGGGUGGGAACGAAUCUGCGGCCGCCUCGGCACGCUCUGAUGCGGUGGAUUCAAAGCCACCCAUCUAUCCGACGACUGUCGGGGCGAUCGACACGAAAACGUCCAUUACGGCGAUGGAUAGCUUACACGGACUGCCACCGUCGUCCACGGGUGGGCAGCAACAGUUGCCGGCUGCGAGUGAUUCCUCAGUUCCACCUUCCUAUCCGUGGGCAACGACAAAUGCUGCGACCCUCCCGAGUGAUACUCUCGCUAAUGUUGCGACGUCUCAAGCGAGCAUCCAGCAACAACAGCCCAGUGCUGCAACGACUGCUGCUGCUGCUGCGGUGAUCGAUCCCUCAGCUCAACCGUCCCUGCCGGCCACAACCACAACCGCCUCGACCGCUUCCGAUCCCGACACGGACCAGGGUGCCGGUGGGCAUAGGUCAAAGUCGGAGAAGAAAAAGAAAAAGGAGAAGCACAAGCACAAGGAAAAGGACAAAACGAAGGAUCGCGAUCGGGAGGAAAAGAAAAAGCACAAAAAAGACAAAGACAAGCACCGGGAUCGGGAACAUCGAGAGAAAGGUGAACACCAUGCGGGCGGCGGAAGCAUCGGUUCGGAUGUGGGUGGUGCUGGUCAUGCGCACGGUGGGUCACACUCGGGCCAAGAUCCACAACCACCUCCCGGUCCGAUAAAGAUUAAACUUAACCGUGCGAUCAUUCCGCCGGUGGUGGAUGGAUCGGGUGCGGGCAGCUCCGGCAGCUCGGCGAACGAUGGGCUGAAGAUAAAAAUUCCCAAGGAUAGGUUGUCCGGUUCGUCGUCGCUGCCCGGUGGCCCAGCGGCGGGUGCAUCAUCGUCAGCUGCUGGGCAUGGCGGUACGUCACACGGUUCCACCGGUGUUGGUAGUGGAUCGGCGUCCUUGAAGUUGAAAAUUUCCAAGGAUAAAAUAGAACACUACAAUAUUAGCGCUACGAGCGAUCCAAUUGGCCAGCAGCAGCAGCAGCAGCAGCAGCAGCAGCAGCAUCUUACUGCCACGGGUGGUCCUGCUGGAGUUGGUGCCGGACUAGGAGCAGCAGCUGGUAUUGGCAUGGGUGACAUUACCAAUGCCAUCGGUGGUAGUAAUAGUAGUAGCACUAAAAAAAAGGACAAGGAUCGUGAUAAGGAUCGUGAGAAGAGCAAAUCGAAAUCAUCUAGCUCAUCCUCGGAGCACGGAAAUCGUCAGAACGGUGGCGGAUCGGUGGCUCCCGGAAACAGUAGUAGCAAAUCAUCUAGCAAGAAUCUUUCCACUUUACCGCAGCAGCAACAGCAACAGGCCCAACAGCAAUACGGUAUAUACAAUGCAAAUCAAUCCAUGACGGCUGGUAGCGCCCCUAUGGCCGCGGCCGGAAUGGUGCCAGGCAUGCACGGUUACCACCAUCAGGCCGGGUUUGACUACCUACAGCAGCAGCAACAACAAUCGGUAGCCGCUCUCCAGCAGCAGCAGCAGCAGCAGCAACAGUUCUAUUCCCAAUAUGGACAGUUCGGGCAGCAGCAGCAGCAGCAGCAACAGUUUCAGCAACCAAUGGCCGGCUCCGGUGCCAGCUCGAUGCUGCUGAACGCAUCCGGGUCUGGCGUUGGAUCAGGGAUGAUGGGUAAGCUUACUGGACAGCCGGGCGCGACGUCGGCGGGCAUGCAACAACCGUCCUCGCUGCCACCGUACUAUUACGGCGGUGGUUCCGGCACGGGUACGACCACCAACCAGGGUGCUGGUAAAAAAUAAGACUCCUUUCACGUCACUUUAAGUAACUGCGUGCGUGUCGAACCAUAUUAUUGCGUCCUUGCGUGUGUGUCGAUUGUCCGCCUCGCGUCGAUGCACUCGCUUCUAAUGGAAGCGGUUCGGGAUGCUUAUUUUGGAUUUUUACCUUUUCGUUGCGCACGUUUUUUGGUCCAGCUUUGCGGGGGAGCUUUUUGCUUUACUUCCUAUGUACAUACUUUGAAUCGAUUUCGAUUGCUUUCAACAUAUUGUUAAGCUAGGCGACGCAUCAUGUGUUAUACACAGUGCGUACAGAAGGUGCGAACCUCUGCCCUAUUACAGAUGCCUAUUUUUUUUUAGCUUUAUUUGAUAAUGAAUAUUCAUUAAGCGAAUGCCGCUAUCUCGACAUGAUGUAGAAGAACAAUAACAAAACAAAACAAGAAAAAACAAACGUGCUGUUAAAUGUUUACCAAGUGUCGUUAUUAGCAGCUGCAGCUAUUCAAUUAAUUUUUCUUACAUAUUUUUAACUAUCAGUUAAUGUUAUUUGCGCAUACAUGCAAAUGCUAUUAGAAGAGGCGUUCAAGCACAGGAGGGAGCAAGGAAAAUGUUUUUAUCCCCCGGCACCCGCGAGAUUAAGACGUGUACCAAAAGUCGUACUUUGUGCUGACAGUUAAGCUAAAAACUCUAGCCCGUAAUAGUGUAUUUUGAAUGGCUAUCGCUGUAUUCGAUAGGAUAUCGUGAACUGUUGUGUUGGAGCCACCCCCCAACCCCACGCCCCUCGUGUUGGAAGUUGUUAGCCAGUCCUGUCCUUACCCGGACCUUGCAUAAGCAAAGGAAAUUGAUUUGCUCCUUAGGUUUAUUAGAUGAACGUGGUUAGACUGAUGUCGGCCGUCGGUGGAAGCGUAUGUGACGAUUUAAUUUAAUUUAGUAAAAAACAAAAUAACAAAUUGUAAAAAAAAACAACAACAAAAAACAAAAUCUCUUAUGAUCAUUGUCACAACGACGAGGUGUGUUUUAAAUCACAUUCGGUAAGCUUCUUAGAAGUGUAAUUUCGGGGAUUUUCGUUUAAUUUUUCUUCUCUACUUGUUAAAUGAUUGCAUUAACUCUUUGUGCUUCUUCUUCUUCUGGCGAAAGGCGAAAAAUAUGCACUUUUCUACAAUUCAACAUUCAACCGUAAAAAACAAACAAACAAAAGAGAACAACAUAAAUUUGAACGUACUAUUGAAACACUGACUGCAUGGUUGUGUGUGUGUGGCAGUUCUAAAAUGGCAGGAAGAUUUACAAUUACUAAGACGAAGCAAAGCAGUAAACCGCCACCGUUCGGGUUGGGCUUCAAAAUGUUCGGUCACGAGUUAGACUCGUGGAAGAAGUAGCAAGUGCGAAGGGUUAAUGGUAUUAUCAAUUCAAAAACAAAGCAAAACGAAACAAAAAAAAAAGUUUAAAAACUGUGUAAAACUCAAGGCAAAAAAAAAUCACAAAAAAAACACCCAAAAUUUAAUCCUAUUAUAGUGAAGACCGUGGAACCGUUCCCACAUGGCGAAAGUUAUUCAAAAGUUAUACAAAAAUUGAUAAAAUGGGGGGGGGUGAAAAGUGAGACAACCAAUUAUAUCAAUGAUGAUGCGCAAGGUAGGGAAAGUGUUGAAAUGAAUGUUGGUGAGCUGCUAGUGCUCAUGUUUGCUGCUAUCCGUAUCCAGCUGUGCAUGCAUGGCCGCAGACAAUGUCGAUGGUUAAUAAAAAAAAAAAAAUGAGAUUGAGCGAAACGAUGAAAUUUGUGCAUAUUACACACACACACACACACACCAUUUAUUAUUAACCUCUUGGAUGCUUAACCUUCUCGUUCAGAACCAUUACGCUCUAUACAGGCUAAUAAUACCCAAGUACAAUCUACUCGCAUUACCAAUAAUAUCACGUGGAGGAGACAGCGGCCGGCGAAGCGAUUUACAUGAAUGCUUACAAAACAAACGUAACAGCCCUUUCGAGGCUACCGACUGGAGGCAAAGCAAUAGAAAUAAUCCUAAAUGAUGUGAAGUGUUUGGCGGGUGAAGUUGAGUAAACACACACACACACUUACACACACACACACGUAUCCAACGAGUCAUAAUUUGUCAACAAAAAACAAACGCACUUAGUACGGUAUAGAAACAAAGCUGCGUUCAAAGCAAGCUAAGUAAAUACUAUUGAAGCUACUACAUAUUGACUAGAGAAAAUUGCAAAAACGCAUACAAACAAACACACGUACACAACAUUGCUAUAAUUGAAAGGGUGGAAACGGAAGCGUAAGAAGCAACAGGAUACAACAUAUAUAUACAAAAGCAGGAAGGAUACCAUUUAUGCUAACUACCAACACACAGAGAAAUACAAAAAACACGGAACACCUAUACACACAACACACCACAACAAAACACUCGAACUGAUAAGUCUGAUAAUUAGCUGGAAACUUUAGUAGAUGACGAGGGAAGAGAAGAGGGGAAGUGUAAGGAGGAGGUGUAAUUCGCAACAGGGGGUGCGUGUGUGCGAUAGUUAGUCCAUUGAGAGUGAGAAUGAGAAUGAGUUUAAAUUGUAACAAACAAAAAAACGAAAACAAAAGAGAGAAGUCGUGACGGAAACAAGAAAGGUAAUAUGCAAAGAAAUAUAUAAAACAAUUUGUUAACAAA